AACUUAAAAUAUGCUAUAAAAAUAUCACAACGCGCGAUUUAAUCAGAAAUUUAGUUUAAAGGUCAUAUAAAUAUGGCACUCACCAAGAAGAAACGAGGUGCUGAUAAUUAUUUGACAGAUCAGAAUUGGGAUGCAGAAGAGGAAGCCGAUGAAGAGGCUGGAUCAUUUAAAGUUGCAGAUGAAAAUGUUUUGGAAAAACGAACUUUUAAGAAAGCACAUCGCAGAAAAGUAAUAACAGGUGCUGACGAUACUGGUAGCAAUGAGGAAAGUAAGACGAAGCUUAAUCCAUUCACAGCAUUCUCUGGUUUUGGAACGCUGACUGGUUUAGCCAACAAUUCAAAAGUUGAUAAUAAAACAUUUUCUACUACUAGUAUUUUCACUGGUACCUUCGGUGGUGUAAAAGAUACUUCUCUAAAAACUGAGAAAAAGUUAGACUCAGAAGCACCCACUGAAAACAUUGGGUUUUGGUCAAAAAAUAAUACAGCUAGUAAUGAUUUUUUUGCUAAUAGAGGUAAGAUUGAAACUAAAGAAUGUUCAAAUUCAACAGAAAAAGACUUAGUAAACACAAAAACAGAAACAGUUGAUAGUGAAAUAAAUAAUAAUAAUGACACUUAUUUCCAACAUUUGUGUGCUUUAAAUGUUUCUGUUCUUUCCUGGAUUAAACAACACGUUAAUAGCAAUCCUUGUAUAGAUUUAACACCUGUAUUUAAUGAUUAUUCAAAAUAUUUAAAGGAACUUGAUGAAAAGCGUGGGGAUUUUAAGUCAAUUCAGAAUACAGCAAUAAAAAGUAUACUUAAAACCCCAGAAAGUUGCCAUGUUUCUUCAUCAUUAAUGGCUGCAUCAAAACAGAAUAUUAUAUCCUCUACACCAAUUCAAAAAGAAAAUGCACCUGUCACAAAAUUUAGCAGCAACUUUUUCAGUUCAACACCUUAUCCUGCAAAACCUAUUGAAACAGCUGUCAUAAACAAAGAUGAUGAAGAUGAUGAAGGUGAAGUUAUACCUGAACCUGAGAUCAAGACGAUUGUUGAAGAAAAUGCAUUUUAUCAAAUUCGAUGCAAGCUUUUUUUCAAGAAAAGUAAUCAAUGGCAAGAACUGGGCAAAGGAAUGCUUUACUUGAAAAAAUCGUCUGAUGACGCAAAAACUCAACUUCUUAUUCGCAUGGAAAUUGCAACAGGAAAAAUAUUAUUGAACGUUAGUCUAAAUAGUGGCAUGCCAAUAUCACGUACUGGAAAAAAUAACGUUAUGAUUGUCUCUAUUCCUAAUCCACCAGUUUACACAAAAGCAUCAGAUGGUGACAAUAGUGUACCUUGUACGUACUUGAUUAGAGUUAAAGGUACUCCUGAAGCUGACGAACUACUUUCAAAAAUGAAAGAAUAAUUUUUUUAAAACAUAAAAACAGAUAUUACAUCUGAUGCUAAAAUAAUUCAAAUUCUAUUAGUAUUAAGGUGGUAUGUUUUAUUAAGAUUUUAAUGCAAA